AUGCCAGAUUUAACAAGUAAAAUAUCAAGGUUCAACUCCUUUGACUUGGAGUCCUAUUUAAAUAACACCUUCCAGAGGUACGAAGGUUUUAUUCUGGAAAACGAAAGACAUAACAUAUCUAAGAUAGAACAUGAAGUGGAUACUGAGUUGCUUAAAACAUUCCUUCUCAAUAGUGAUUCUUUGCUCGAUAUUCUUAAUGUCUAUGAAGAGUCCUAUAGAAUGGUUACUAGUAUGGUUGAUUUAACCAAAGAGCUAGUUAGGUAUAACAUGGACGGAGGCGUAGAAGAGGAAGUCUUUGUUGACAAGGAUCUUGUAAGGAAAUUUAGACGAGUUCUGGAUAAUUUUGACAAUGAAGUUGAUGUGUUUGCUACGGAAGGAAGAUACUUGGUUCACUUUGAUAUUCUCAGGGAAAAAAGCGGAAAGGAAUGUAUUCUUAUCAUGACAAAUGAUAUCCUUCUGAUCGGUAUAGUUCAAGAAGGAGCCAAGAAAUACAGGCUCUUGAAUGCUUAUAGUUAUAGCAUCAUUCAAAUUCAGAUUAAAGAUGAUUUAUUAGAGAUAAAGGUGAGUCCAACAGUGUAUGUAUUUGAAAAGAAUAAGGAAAGUGUAGAAUAUAUACUUAGAAUUUACCAAGAAUUAACCUACACCUACAAGAAAAAAACAGAUUCCACUGUACAAAAGCCUGUAAUUGAUAAAGAGCUUAUUGAUUAUCUCGUAUUUACAGAGCAAUACGAAUAUAUUGAAGCCGAUGAGUGUUUCCAUUCGCCCAAGGUUCUGUUUCACGAUAAAACAGAAAUGGUAAGAUAUCUUUCUGUUAUUUCAAAGGGAAAAAAAGGAAUAUCUCCUUACGUAUUUUCGUUUUUAGAGGAAAGAUUCAAAGAUGGACUCAAGAGGAUAAACAAAAUCCAACCUCUUAAAAGUUUCAUUGAAGAUAUCUUUGGAUAUUUCAGGGUGUUUUUAGAAGAACAAACCAUUCUUGUGAAGGACCUGGAGAAAAUAGAAAGCAUCAAAAGGAGUGGGAUGGUUUUUCUCAUAGAAGAGCAGCUGGUUAGAUGUAUUGAAAUGCUGGAGAGUAGAGUGUUUAAUAAGGGAUAUGAUGUGAAGUACACUGACUCUAUAUUAGAGGCUGUUAAGGAAAACCUUGUGUUUUCGAAAUAUGAUUUCUCCUACAUAAUGGAUCGCUUUCUCAAAAAAAGAAAUAAUUACAAGAAAAAAUGUUUGGGCAAUGCAAUGAAAGAUAUAGGAAGAAUAAUCGAGGAUAUGAUUAGUAAUUGA